GCAGCUACGUUGGGAGAGCUUUAUGGACAGAGUAGGUCAUGUGGGGAGUUGACGCCGCUGAAAACUCGGUUAGGGAGGGUUGACGACGAUGGAUAGUUUAUGUUUGGAUGAGGAGUUAAUUUGCGCAGUGUGUCGUGAUAUUUUUACUGAACCCGUGACUUUACCUUGCGGUCACAAUUAUUGCGAAGAGUGCGUUAAUGAGUUAAAAAGGUCCGUGCACAGUGUCCAAGACGGUGACGCGACCUCGCCUCUGGUUUGCCAUUACAACUGCCCCCUCUGUCUGGCCCCGUGUGAUUCCGUAGUGCAGUUAAAGAAGAACACGGUUCUUUAUAACAUAAUCGAGAAGUACCGGAGGCAGCGUGAUGGUGGCGUGGAGUGCUCUGUGUGCAAGGGGCAGCAAAAGCUCGCAGCGGAGAAAAGCUGCCUCACCUGCGAAGAGUCUUACUGCGCCCUGCACGUUAUGCCUCACCUGGAGAACAGCACGUUCAGACAGCACGUUCUGGUGCAGCCUGUGGCCAACUCGAGCCGACUGUGCAAGGAACACGGGAAACAGCUCGAAUUAUUUUGCAAGACGGAUGCUACUGCCCUGUGUGCGUACUGCAUGUUACCCUCCGAGGCGAAACAUCUGGACGGUCACAACGUGGUGAAAUUGACAGACGCUCAAACGAAUCUGAAGGAGAACUGCCAAGCGAAGCUUAACAUUAUCAAACACAGACUGUCAGAGAUGAACGAUGGACUGUCAAAACUUGAGGCAGCUUCAGCCUCCAGCCAGUUAAGUCUCGAGAGUCAGCUUCACGCGUGCUUGGCUGUCUUGAAAAGGGUCAGACUCUUUCUGGACUUGGAAGAGAGAGCCUGGCAGAAGCGUUUCUCCCUCGAUCUGGUGCAGGAGCGACGGGCAGUUAGGCUGCGCACGGAGAAGCUGUCCCGGCUGAAGACCAGACUCCUCCAGGCCCACGAGGGCCUGCUUCAAGCCCUCAGCAUUACAGAUCCUCUAGCGCUACUGCAGACUGUUCAAAAUCCUGACUGGGUGGACCUCUUUGAUGAACAAAGAUGUAAACAUCAGAUUUUGGAUGCUGUGGUGUGGAAGAAACAAAAGCCAAUUGCUGCAGCAAAGAUCUCCCCAUUACUCCAGACUGUGUGCAGGACAUUUGCUGGAGAGGACAUCAUAUUAAACGCUGCUUCGGCUCACCCAAGACUCGGACUGAACGCUGACCGCAGUGCAGUAUGGGUAACGACUGAAGGUGCGUCUGGCCCUGGGGACUCGGAGUCGUCUGAGGCCCUGUACUGGGUACUGGGGGAGAUUCCGUUCACUCGUGGUGUCCACCACUGGGAGGUCUCUGUUGCUGCGGUUCCCUCCUGGGCCAUCGGCGUGGCCUACGGCUCUGUGCAAGACCCUGCGGCCGGUGGCGGCAGCCUGGGCAGGGACGAGCUCUCCUGGGCUCUGAGCUACUGCAGCAGUAAAAGGCAGUUCUGUGCCCAGCACAGCUGGCUCUGCUUCUGCUUUUCGGAUUCGGCCAUGGGAAUCCCGGACACGGUCGGCGUUUUUCUGGAUAUCGACAGUGGCUUCCUCUCCUUCUAUGACGCUGUUAGUAUGGGGCAUCUGUACACAUUUUAUUGUGACAUUCAAGCCCCGGUUUACCCAGUCUUCUGUCUGGGGGCAGAGAGCAUGGGUGGGGGUUCUCAGCAGAUGAGGGUGCUGAACCCCAUUUCAAAGGAAUGCUGUUAAGUACAGGGUUGUAUUCUGGGUAGUGACCAAGCUUAGUGCAUGAUGUGUAAUUAAUAACAUGAGAAGCUGAAGUACAGAUAUUUAAAGACUGCACCAAAGUUACAAAAACCUCCCUCUUAACUUUGUUUAUUGGUGAGGAUUUUCAGCAGAUCACAUGCUACUUUCAUAUUCAAACCUUAUUGGCUACAUCCUCUAUUAUAUUAAUGGAUGAACCAACAGUCUGACAUCUAUAACGUGUGAGACCUAAAGAAAUGGCAUUAAACAUGUGACUGCCAUAAAUAAAUAUAUUUGUAAAAAUCUGUGGAAACUGAAAAUAUACAAAAUAUAUCCACUGCUAAAUAAGAUCACACAAUGACUCUUUGUAAGCAGUGUUCAGUUCUCCACAGAAACAUAGAAGAGUGCUUGUUCUUAAAUUUGAGCUGUUUAAUUUCGUCAUCUGAUUUUCCACACCCACUUCAUACCAACUGUUACUAAUGUCCCUUAAUGAUUUGCAUCACUAAACUUGUUACCAUUUACAGCUUUUAUAAUUUGCAUCACUUGAAAUGUUUUGUUGGCACCAUAUUACUUUUUUCAUGUCAAAAUGACAGCUAAAAAUUGCACUAAUGUAACUUGCUCAAAUUUUAAAUUCUUUUUGCGUGAGUAAAUAAUAAAGGCACAUGUGCAGUACUAUCUGCA